AUGGGGACCGACACCUCUGGUGAAAGCCACCGCGAAGGGGAAGAGACAAAUGCGACGCCGCCAACUUUAAGCUCACCCGUUACAACGACGGGUAGUCAAUCAUCUUGUGGCCAUUUUGACAAUGCCUUGGCAGCCAAAAUGCAAUUGGUCAAUGAAGCAAUCGACACAAUAGGAUUUACCCCAUACCAUACAAAGCUCUUUUUCCUGAAUGGAUUCGGCUAUGGCGUGGAUUCGUUGCUCCUCUUCUUGAUGAGCAUCUCUGCAGAUAGCGUGGUGGCUCAAUACAAUCCUCAAUUUAACAGAGGUACCCAACUAGGAUUCUAUCUUGCCCUGCUGUUCGGAGCACUCUUUUGGGGCACUACCGCCGAUGUGAUCGGCCGGAAGUGGGCAUUUAAUUUCUCUCUGUUCACCAGUGCCAUCUUUUCCCUCGCGGCCGGGGCUGCGUUCAACUAUUCUUCGUGGGCCACUUUGGUUGCAAUCUCAGCAUUUGGCUCAGGUGGUAACUUGGUACUUGACACGACGGUCUUUUUGGAGUAUCUUCCCUCCACCAAACAAUAUCUUCUCAUCCUUCUUGCGGGCUGGUGGGGAGUCGGACAGACGGUAGCCGGUUUGAUUGCUUGGCCCUUGAUGUCAAAAUAUAGCUGCCCAUCAGAUAACUCAAUUCCGUGCACCGACGCCAACAACAUGGGAUGGAGAUAUCUUUUCUUCACCUGUGGUGCGCUGGUGUUCACUUUGAGCAUGGCCCGAGUUGCUGUCAUUAAAUUUCACGAAACACCAAAGUUCCUUCUCUGUCGCGGCAUGGACGAAAAGGUAGUCGAAACUCUUCAAGAUAUGGCCCGCAAAUACAACCGGCCGUGUGAACUCACUCUUGAGCGGCUUCAAUCCCGUGGCAAGAUCCACAGUGAUUAUUCUGAGAGAAGUAAUGUCUGUUCUGAGCUGGAAAUCCAUGUACGAGGCUUGUUCACGACUCGAGCCAUGACACAAUCUACCGUGUUGGUCUGGCUCUCCUGGGCCGUUAUUGGCCUAGGGUAUGCCCUGUACUAUGUGUAUCUGCCGGAAUACCUGGCCUCCCGAAACGAGUUGGCCGGGGAGACCUCUCAGGAGCUCGUAUGGCGCAACUACGCCAUCACAAAUCUCUCCGCGAUACCGGGUCCUGUGCUUGCAGCCUACCUGUCCGAACGACCUUGUUUGGGUCGAAAAGGAACAAUGUGUAUAGGAGCUUUUCUAACAAGUGAGCGACAUGAUUGA